AUGGUCGAUGGGACCCAUGGAGAUUGGACAACUGACGCUGUGGAGCUCCAGCAAAAAAGAAGUGACCGUAAUUACAUUAUGGUGUCUUUGACCAUUAAAUCUACCAACCCCUUCAUAACUUUACUGCUGCCCAGUAUUCUGAUCAUCUUGGCCGAUGUGGUCAGCUUCGCUCUGCCGCUGAAAGGCGGGGAACGCAACUGUUUUAAGGUCACGCUUGUGCUCAGCUUCACCAUGUUCCUCAUCAUCCUCAACAACCUGCUGCCCGGAGACGGCAACUGCAGCCCCGUUAUCCGAAUCCACUUCAGUGUGUGCCUCAUCCUCUUGGUGCUGAGCAUGUUGUUUUCCAUGGUGAUGACGCGCUUGUCCUCAGACGGCCGCCUCCUGUUCUGCUGCAGAGAGUCUGUCUCAGGAGACAAGGACUGGAAGGAGGAUGAGGAAGUCAAAGCUGACAUUAGUGUCAUUCAGCUCACCGGCUCAGAAGACAACAGUCAUUUGCUCAGAAAGGUGGUCGACUUUCUGGAAGCUUUUGAUGCCAAAACACAGGAAAGUAAUAGAAAUGAGAUGUUUGCCGACAAAUUGGAUAAGAUCUUUUUUUGGCUCUACCUUAUUUGUGGCACGAUAUACUUCAUUGCCAUGACAUAUGUGAUGGCAGAAUAUGAAUGCUCAGUUAACCAUUUUGAUUUCUGGGACUAAUAAAACAGUGUCACUAUAGAAACUCGUAAACUAAGCUCUAAAAUGUCCACGUGCUAAUCUCAGCACACAUUUAUUACAUUUAUUUUAUUACA